GUCGCUGCAGAAGGCCGGACGCCUGUUCUUUCAGUCGUUGUGUCACAACAAUGAACGUCGAACUUGAAAAAUCCGGGUGAUGUCUUAGUAAAAAUGCGGAGCAGCAGCUCGGAACUGCUCCUAGAUCAACAAGAGGAGUUACGAAAACGCAAACUAGCCGAACUAACAGCCCAAAAAAAGGUUGUGAAACCAAUAGCUGGCAGAUCAUGUCGUGAGCAGGCUUUGUUCUAUUCAACUGCAGUUCUAGCCGUCAUUUCACUGUCAGCUGGAUCCUCGCUGCUAUUCCUUGUGCCUCUGUAUGUCGACCCUGCCAUUUCAACGCUGGUGUCGAAUUUUGUAACAGAACCAGUUACUUGUAUUACCACGCGAAUGGAAAAACUGACUGGGUUGGCGAAUUGUUCAUGGAGCUCUUGUAGAGAGGGCUGCACUAGUGAUGCCUACCAUUGUACUCAUAUCUAUGUAAGUUACAACGAGUCAUCUCCAAUUACUUCCUCACAGAAUCAAACGGACGAUGCUGUACUUCUUGUGAAUAUCAAAGGGUGCGGGUAUCCACCUAGUGUUCUUUGUGCUAAUUUUACAGAAACAUACGGUAUUGAAGGUACUGAAUUCCCGUGUUAUCAUUCCAAAAUUAAUCGUACUGUUGUUCUAUCUCACUAUGAAAAAGACGAACAGGUUGCUAUAAUCAUUCAUUAUUUUGCUGUUCCUUUCGUAAUCACAUUAGCUACUUCGGUUGCAUUAUGUGUAAUGCAUUGUGACUGUCGUUGUCAUCCUACUACACACCACAAAAGAGGUAGAAGGCCUAGAAUCCAAGACCUCAGUGAUGGUUCACUUGGGAUAGAUGUGGAUCUUCGACAUACAACUAGUUAUACUUCUGAUAUUGCAGCAAUAAGGCCUAUGUAAGAAUUCAGUUCGAUCUUCACAUCAAACAUUGUGCCUGAAGUUUGUCUUCUGAAAAACAAUCUGAAUAUUUUUAUUUAAUACAUCCUAGCAACAUAACACCAGGCCGAGUUAACCUCCAUACAUUCAAUAAUCAUAUAAAAAAAAUAUUGCAAAUUACUGCUUUGCUUACAAUCAAAAAAAUCAUUUUAACGACAAUGUGUUCGGUGUAAAUAGGUGUGUAUUUUGAAUUGGAUAUUGUAAAUAUACUCAUUAUGAAGUAAAAUCAAUUAUGUUCAAAAAAAUAUACUACAUUCUAGUGAUUUUAGUCAAAUAAAUUAAAUAAUUUAAGAUUCACACAAUAGAACCUGAUAACUUGCUUCUAAGUGUGAUAAGCCGAUGGAAGAACAUAUCAAAAAUUUGAAUCUAUUUUCGCUAUUGAAAUUGAAAUUAUUUCCAGAACUGCGUGAUAUUUAAUUGAUUUUCAUAAGACUGCUUCGAAAGGUGCAAUGAUGUAUGGAAUAUCACAAUAUAACGAAUCGCUUCUUUGUUUUCAAUGUAAUUGAAUUGAAUGCAUGAUUCGUCAUCAAUUAAACAAAUGUUUAUGAUUUUGUGCUGUACAACAAAAAAAAAAAAAUCAACGGAGAGCCUCAUAUGAUGCAGCAGGAGUUUGAUUGAAAAACCGAAUUGUUAAAAAUUAAAUAUGAAUCAGUCGGAUGUAGCUUCUUUUGAACACAUUCUUCAACAUAUAUCAGGAGCUUGAAUUUUAUGUAAAAGCAACUGCCUUAUAUUUCCACAUCUAUGCAAACGACAAUAUAAAAAUAAACAGGGACACUAUAUAUAUAAUAUAAUGCGAAUAAGAAGAAUAAUUUGGAUAUUAACGGAAUCAUCUGAUAAUUAUAUGAUUCUUUUUAGAAAAUGUGAUUAUUUUGAAUACGAGCCAAAAUUAUAAAAAAACCAAUGAAUUUUUGAAAAUUUUCCUGGAGAUAUUCAAUCAAAACUUGAUUCGUCUCGUAUAUUAACAACUUUUCAUUACCUUCAGUGGAAAGUCUUUACUGCAGACAAUACUUAUGCCUUCAAAUAGGAGAGUUUCAUCUAAAAAUAAUAGUUUUGAAUGGAAUUUUGACUCAUUAAUUGAAAGAUGUAUCUCUUGAUGCCUUUUAGUGAGGAAACCUGAGUUACCGAAGAUUUUGAUGUGGGCGCCUGCUAGCCAUUGAUUAUUACAUUCUCUUCUCUUAAUUCCUUUUUAAAUUUUGUUUUUGAGUCUCAGCGGUGUAAUAUACCUUCUUCUACUCUUCUUCCAUAGAGAUAGUAAAGAGAUCCCUUCUCUUAUUUCAAUCUUCCAAACUGAAUUUUUCAUCAUUGUUUCUAUAUUUUUUCAAGAAUCAAAAUAAGACAACACUGCCUUUUAAAAUAUUUUAAUAAUCGGAUAGUUAAUAUCUCAUGAAGAAGGUUCAACCACUGAUAGUACUCCAAAUUAAAAAAAAAGAUUGAAUUUUAUAAAAAUUCGAAAAGAAACAGUUCAACUUAAAUUUUCGAUUUAUCUGUUAAGUAUUGGUGUUAGACAAUUGUUGCUUGUUAAUCAAAUCCCUAGUAUAUGUAAAUGAAAAAUGUUAUUUUUUCUAUUAGUCGUGUUAGACUGAAUUUUCGUUUUCUCAAUUUUAGUCGGAAAGGAAAAAGAAGUAUAAGGCAGUGUAAUAAAAAUAUUUCAGAGGCGCAUACUUAGUUGAUGUAUGGAAAUAUACUGCGUGUUAUACAUUGUGCACUCUAAUUGCGAAAAUAUCAGAGUUCGCAGAGCUUGUAUGAUGAGAAAACAUUUCCUCACUAACAUUUAGGAACGGCUAUAUUUGAGUAUUGUGUACGAUGUGAAUUGUUAUUUGUCAAUACGACAAAAUGUAUUCAAGACCAAAUUCCAGAAACACCCUUGAGGUAUGUGCCCUCGUUAUCUAAACACAUAAUCAAUACUUUUGUAUAAUACAAGUAUAGCGUGUAGAAUCUGAAUUCCGUUGCUUGUUGCAAACGCUCCUGGUUAGGUAUACAUAUUUUGGUACCUAUUGCGGAAGUUCAUUAUAUUCGCUAAGGGAAAUUAAGUGAUCACAUUUAAUUAAUUACCUACGCCAUUAUUUCUACCUCGAGCAGAAUGCUUAUUUCAAGCAAUAAAUAGCUUUUCACGAUAUUUGGUAGAAAGUCGAUAAUAGUAGAUAGGUAUUCGAAAAUUAAUUCUGGGAAGAAGUCAUCAAAUAUGUAGUUUAUUUGCUUCUACUUAAAUAGAUGUUGAUUUCAAUUCUAUCGAGACGCAUCUAUUUUGAAUUUUUGAGUUGUUUACAUUUGUAGGUACUAAUUUCAUAUGAAAGUUGAAAUAAUUUCUGAUAAAAAGAAGAAAUUAAUACUGAAUAUGUGAUUUUUCGUGGUCUUUAUUAUUGAAGUUAAUCAUCAAUCAUAUUUUUCCACGAACAUCGAAUAUUUUAUUGAAAAAACGGUUUUUCUUGAUAUUCAACUCUCUCUGAGUCAAUAUUUUUUUUUUCAAAUUGUCAAGAGUAAACUAAAUCAUAUCAUAAAAUUAAGAGCUUUAUAAUAAUCCAACGAUAUCACACCACAAGAAUGCAAUGAUGAACCUAUUUCCCUGAUACGUCUAUAUAAUCAAAAACGCAUGUAGAUUUCAGGGUAAAUUUCAAUACAUAACAAAGCAAUACUCAAUAUCAUCUUCGAAUAAAUUAGUUAACUUCAUCAACAGUCGGCUUAUAUUUUUUCUCACUAAUUGUAGCUUUUAAUAGAUAACCAAUUGCUAGCUAGAUUUCAAUUAAUUGAAUAGGACUUAAGUGAAUAUGAGGGCAGAAUAAGCGCUAUGGCAAAAAUUUGUUAAUAAUUCUUGGAUUUGGUCUCAACAAGAGAAGUACAUAAAAUGAAAUAUGAAUUUUGUUGAGAAUGUAACUUUUAAAAUAACUAGGAGGAAAUUGUACAUUUUACUUGAAAAAAGUAUUUUUAUAAAGAUGUUAUGUAGAGAUCUUGUUAGAGGAGUGUAAUAUAGAUAUAUGUAAUAUUUUGAGUUUAUUGAAUAACUGCGUGUAUAAUAUUAGAAUUUAUAUAGUUUCAAUUAAUUUUAUAUUGUUUUAUAUUAAAAGAUUUAUAAUGAAAUGUAUUUGAUCUUAUUAUGUACGAUCUUUUCCUUCUGGGAAUUGUCCUCGGAAUAAAU